UUAUUUUGGAAUUGUAUUGGUUUUUGUUACUUGCAUGGGAAAAGGUAGUGUUGUGUGUGUAGAAGUUUGGUGAGCUGAAUAAAUGAACCGUGUGAGACUGUGUUAAUAGAUUUUAGCGAAAUCCUAUAUAGUUGGAAGAAAGAACUGAUUCAAAUAUCACAGGUUUUAUUAAAUGCCCAGUGACUAGACAUCUUAGGUCAAAACUAAAACCUACUACCUUAGGUGUUUUUUUAUAUUGUUUUCCAAUCAAAUUGGAGUUUCAUCUCGUUAAUCUGCUUAAUAAAAGUUUGUAUUAAAGGUCAACAUAGGUUAUUGAGAUGAAGUUCUAAUUCUGAUUGGAAAAUAGUAUCAAAAGUACUUAAGAAACUGUAUCUAAAAAGCUGUCUAAUUUCUUACCUCUUCUGAUUUAUCUUUUGUCUACUUUCGGGCAUGUGUGUAUGCUCAAAUUGGGGUAUCGACAUAUGGUUCAUGUCUCAAUGUUCAAAGCAGAAUCGUCUGGAGUUGAACUUCUAUUACUCUGGAGCAAUCUGUUUGAUAUUGGGGAGUUGUUGAAAAUCAAGUUUGCAUAGACAGGAGAUGUAUAUUGAAUGCUUUUACCAUUUACAGUUUGAUUGAGUGGAUCAACUUGGCUUCAUGCUUAGUAAUAUGUUAGUGCUGUGCAUACUUGGGGCCAGAUAAUCUUACAUGAUAUUUGUUUGUGAAUAGUCUAGUGGUAUUCUAUAUCUUCCUUAAAAUUUUGUUGAUCACUCACUUCCCUUUAAUAUCAUGUGUAUUGAUCAUAACUGUGAAGAACUGUUGCAUAUGGAGUUGAUGUAGGAGAUAAUGACUUACCAAAAAGCAUGCAAAAACGGGACUGUGUUAGGAACUGAAAAUUUAAAACUGGGAAGGGAAUGGUUGGAGAUAUUCUAGGAAAAGGGGCAAUGAAGACAGUGUAUAAAGCAAUUGAUGAGGUACUUGGAAUAGAAGUAGCAUGGAGCCAGGUCAAACUCAACGAGGCACUUCGCAAACCAGAAGACUUGGAGCGGCUUUAUUUAGAGGUUCAUCUCCUCAGCACUCUCAAGCACCAAUCCAUCAUGAGAUUCUACACGUCUUGGAUUGAUGUUGACAACAAGACCUUCAAUUUCAUUACAGAAAUGUUUACUUCAGGGACACUGAGAGAAUACAGGAAGAAAUACAAGCACAUAGGCCUACAAGCAAUAAAGAGUUGGACUCGCCUAAUCUUACAGGGUCUUGUUUAUCUACAUGAACAUGAUCCUCCAGUAAUUCAUAGGGACCUCAAAUGUGAUAACAUUUUUGUCAAUGGCCAUCUUGGACAAGUGAAAAUUGGUGACCUGGGUCUAGCAGCAAUUCUCCAUGGUUCCCAACCAGCUCACAGUGUUAUAGGCACCCCAGAGUUCAUGGCACCAGAAUUAUAUGAAGAAGAAUACAAUGAACUUGUUGAUGUGUACUCAUUUGGCAUGUGUGUUCUGGAAAUGCUUACAUCUGAUUAUCCAUAUAGUGAAUGUGCUAACCCUGCACAGAUAUACAAGAAAGUGACAUCGGGGAAGCUACCGGCAUCAUUUUUCAGGAUUGAAGACACAGAAGCACAAAGGUUUAUUGGCAAGUGUCUAAUAACUGCAGCAAAGAGACCAUCAGCUAAAGAAUUGUUGAAUGAUCCAUUUCUUUUGUCUGAUGAUGCAUCAUCCAUGACAAAGAUCGGAAUUCAGAAACCCUUUUUAAAUUACAAUGAAAUGGAAAAGCUUCAAUUGGAUGAUGUUUCACCUAGGACUGAAAUGUCAAUAACUGGGAAGCUAAAUCCAGAACAUGAUACUAUCUUUCUCAAAGUGCAAAUUUCCGACAAGGAUGGUUCUUGUAGGAAUGUAUACUUUCCUUUUGACAUAUACACAGACACUCCCAUUGAUGUUGCAAUGGAGAUGGUGAAGGAAUUGGAGAUCACAGAUUUGAAGCCUUCUGAUAUUGCAAAUAUGAUUGAAGGAGAGAUAUCUGUGCUGCUGCCAAAUAAGAGGAAUAGUAACUGUUCAGUUAUCACGAUGACGACGACAACGAAUCAUCAUUUCCACUCUGCCUCUUCUCGUUCAUCAUCCCAAGGAUCAAUAUCAGGCUCAGACAGUAGAGCUGAUGACUUAUUGAAUGGAGAUUAUUGGCUCCAUGGUGAUGUACUUGAUGAUGCCAGUUCAAUAUGCUCCUCACAUGGGACAUAUUCCAACUCAAACUUUUGUUCAGUGGAUGAGCAGGAGGAAAACCAUAAGGCUUCUACAAGAAAAGAUAAACAUCUCAUCAUAAAGAGUCACAUGUGCACAAGAUUUUCCCCUAAUGAAGACCCCAUCACUUUGAACCAGUGCAAAGUUUUGGCAGGACCACAAGCACCUUCUACUAGCAAAAACAAGAGGAUGAUGGACAAUCGUAGACUAACAAGGAACAAGUCAUUGAUUGAUACAAGGAGCCAGCUACUACACAGAUCACUGGUUGAGGAGGUGAACAAAAGAAGGCUAUUCAACACAGUUGGAGCCGUGGAAAAUAUUGGAUUUGUGACACCUUAUGAGGUUACCAACAAAAAGUCACAUCCAGCAUGCGGUGCUUUUGAUGUGAACUCUUCUAGAAGUAGCAAGAGAGAAAACUUUAAUAGAGAGAAAUUUUUUUAGAAAUGGUUGUCUCUUGAGCUUUGGAGUCAAAGAGGAGAAAAUGGAUAACUUCUGUGUCAUGGACUAGAGAAAAUGAUAAGGCUGAUGUGCUAUGGAGUUAUUAUUACACUUACAAAGAAUAAUGGUACUAUUUGGAAAAAAUCGUUGGGCCAUAGAUAUACCUAAAUUAUUGUAUUAUUAGGGUGUUCGAUUUCAAAUGGGUGUAAAUAGAAAUACAUGGAAUCCUAUCUCCCUUAAAAUGGAUCUUAAUAAUUCAAAAAAGAUUAAUCUUUAGUUUUUGUCUAGAAAA